CGUAGAGAGGGUCGCAACAGAAGCAUCCACAAGAACGAGCUGCUGCGUCCAGAAGCCAAACGGGGAAGCCGGCGAGCUCGCGCGAAUUGGAAUGGAUGGUGGGCUUCGUCUCCUCCUCCUCCUGAAUCUGCCGCCUUCCGCGAAGCGAUCCGGCGUCGCCCUCCUCCUCUCCUCCAAAUCCCUCACCCUCUACCGGUGCCGCCCCAAUUAGGCCCCCGUCAAGAUCAAGAUCGCUCCUUUUCGAGCGGACGUCUCCGGUGGGGAUUUGGAUUGGCGGCUGGGGUUGGCGUCUUCCAUGGGGAACGGGAACUCGAGCGCCGCGGGGCUGGAGAGGGCAAGCGGCCGGACGGGGCUCGGGGACCUGCCGGAGAGCUGCGUGGCGGGGAUCCUGCUACGGCUUGACCCGCCGGAAAUCUGCCGGCUGGCUCGGCUUUGUCACACCUUCCGGGCUGCGGCGUCUUCUGACGUCGUCUGGGAGGCGAAGUUGCCCGGGAAUUAUAUGUAUUUGUUGGGGAAGGCGUUGGGCGAGGAUAAUUCCGACGGGCAAAAGCUUAGCAAGAAGCAGAUCUUUGCACUGCUUUGUCGUCGCAAUCCCUUUAAUGGGGCAUACAUGGAAUUUUGCCUGGAGAAAAGCCGAUGUUUGAUUUGUAUGUCGAUUUCUUCAAAGGCAAUGUCAAUAACGGGGAUCGACGAUAGGAGAUACUGGAACUUUAUACCUACUGCUGAAUCUAGGUUUCACAUGGUUGCAUACCUUCAUCAAAUAUGGUGGCUUGAGGUACGUGGGGAAGUAGAAUUCUGCUUUCCAGAAGGUAUAUACAGCCUAUUUUUUCGACUUCAUUUAGGUAGAGCCAUUAGACGACUUGGCCGCCGCGUCUGUAGCCCCGAGCACAUACAUGGAUGGGACAAGAAGCCAGUAAGAUUUCAACUAUCAACGUCGGAUGGUCAACUUGCUCAAUCCAAGUGUUAUCUAGACGAACCAGGAAGUUGGCUCCAUUACCACGUAGGAGAUUUUGCUAUCAGGAGCUCCAGUGCACCAAUCAAAAUUAAGUUCUCAAUGAUACAGAUCGACUGCACACACACAAAAGGGGGCCUCUGCGUUGACUCUGUUUCCAUUUGGCCCAAAGGCUUUAGGCCAGCAAUUGCAUCCUAUCAUCUCUUUUAGCUUAUACUGAUGAGCGAGUUAUGAGUAGUAUUUUGCUGUCACAGCCUUGUGGAUGUACAUAUUAUUUAUUCCUCAUGUAAUGCCAAGGGUGAGGUUUUUUUUCU